AAAUUAGACAAGGUAUUGUUUGUACAGUGUAAUCCAUCAAGUUAAUUUAAUUAAUUACAAUAAUGUGGUAGAUAGGUUGUUUUGCUGAGGUCAUAGUAAAGUUUAUCGAUUAACAUGGCACAAACACUGGCUGAAUAAGAGUAAGUAAUUAACAGUAAUUCUGAGAAAAUCAGCGUAUUACUCAUAACAGUAAAGAUCCUCUCAGUGUGCCACACGCACACAGGUGGUGAAAGUUUCAUUACCAAAGAGAGGAGAAAAGACAGAAAAAGAGAGAGAGAAAGAGAGAGAGAGAGAGAGUAAACAUCCACACAGGAAAUUGUGUCACUAUGGUUUGACUCAAACUUCUGUAUUAUUCUGAGUGGAGCAUAGCUAAACGGGGCCAGCCAGGUCUGGGAUCAUCUUGUAGUAAGAACCUACACCGUGCCAGGCCACAGGACACUUGGAGAGAAAGGAUAUAACAUAAUUCUACCGUCAGUUACUUGGUAUACAAAUUCCCAACUCACUGAUUCCAAAAUGGAAGUGAGAUCCACCACACAACCUCCACCCUCCUUCUCCUCUUUCUCCUCAUCUCCCAACUCCAGCACCAACUGCAGUACCCUGUAUGCCCACCGGGAGUAUUCCAGAGUUCUCAUCCCUCUGUUCUACAUCGUUGUCUUCCUUGUGGGCUUGCUGGGCAACACGUUGGCACUGCACGUCAUCCGGCAAAACCUGAAAAAGAUGAACGCCACCACCCUUUACUCCCUGAACCUGGUGGUGUCUGACAUCCUGUUCACCCUGUCCCUGCCUCUGCGCAUCAUCUACUACGCCCUGGGCUUCCACUGGCCAAUGGGAGAGGCCCUCUGCAAGUUCACAGGCCUCCUGUUCUACCUCAACACCUACGCCGGCGUCAACUUCAUGACCUGCCUCAGCGUGGACCGCUUCAUCGCCGUGGUGCUGCCGCUGCGGUUUUCCCGCUUCCGCAAGGUCGGCCACGUGCGCUACAUCUGCGUGGCAGUGUGGGCGGUGGUUCUGAUGCAGACGCUGCCCCUCCUCUCUAUGUCCAUGACCCACACCGAACCGGACGGCCACGUCACCUGCAUGGAGUAUCCCAACUUCGAGAAGGUGCCCAACAUCGCCUACAUGCUGAUUGGCGCCGUGUUCCUAGGUUACGGCAUCCCCGUGGUAACCAUCCUGGUGUGCUACUCGGUCCUGUGUUUCAAGCUCCGCCUGACGGCCCGCGCCAAUCACCUGACGGAUAAGUCGGGUCGGAGCCGCAAGGCCAUCGGCGUCAUCUGCUGCGUGUCGCUGGUGUUCGUCGUGUGUUUCAGCCCCUACCACAUCGACCUGCUGCAGUACAUGGUCCGCAAGCUGGUCUCCGAGCCGGACUGCGCGGAACUCACGGCCUUCCAGGUGUCGUUGCACUUCACCGUGUGCUUGAUGAACCUCAACUCUUGCUUGGACCCCUUCAUCUACUUCUUUGCCUGCAAGGGCUACAAGAGGAAAGUCCUGAAGCUGCUGAAGAGGCAGGUGAGCGUGUCCUUCUCCAGCGCCGUCCGAACCUCGCCCGAGGGCUCGUCACGGGACAUGAUCGACGGGAACAAGAUUUACUUCAAUUCUUCCAGGUACAACUCGUGAAGGGGGACAGCGGGAGGGGGACAGAGGAGAGAUAUGACGGGUUUCAGGGUGGUGCUGUGCUACUCAUUUGACCGGAUUGAAAGGAGAUUCACACAUUCGAGCGUCGUGGUAUCCUUGUUUUACACUUUUGCUCAAUGUGGAGUUGAAGUGUGAGGAAAUCAAGACAGUAUUUGUCAAGGCAUCAGGCAUCGUCAGCCAGACUCAUGGCUAUGUUGCUUUUCUGAUUCAACAAAGCCACAACAUUGCAUCAUCCAGAAAAACAUGGUAUGACUUCAUAUUAAGCAUACUAGCAUGUUCUCAUUAGUUCUCAUCAGGUCCCUCUGGUGGAGAGUAGAGCCGAGGUGACAGAAACUGAAAUCAAAGGGUUGUUCCUCUUACAGUUUCAGAAGACACAAUCUCAUUUUAAUAAACACGUUGUCUGUACUGUACCAAUAGUAGGAGAAAAUUAGGAUUUCAGAUUAUUUCAUUUGUGGAAUUCUUUUCAAACAUCGAGAUCUGUAGUGUUCGCCUCAUGUACAUAUUGUUGUUGCACAGUUGUUCAUGAUGUAAAGCUUGUGAAUGGACCUUCUUUUUGCAAGAGCGUUCAAGGGCCAUUCUUAUUGUCAUUGCAUUUCUAAUAAAUAUUUCACAGGGAAAAUACUAGUGGUAUUUUUCUGUAAGCAAUGGUGUUUAAACGUGAUUGUGAACCACUGUGCGACCAGUUUAGCCUCUAGAGGGCAAUGUUAUACAGAAGUAAGAAGACGACUGACAUAUCCCUAUCUUGGUUACUGAUGUCUAGAGUUCGAAUUCAGUGUCCUAGCGCCUAGCGGUCAUAGAUAGCAUUUGCUGUAUUAAAACAGUCAGUAUUAAAACAAUAUUAGAUUUGGAAUUAAUCUUCUCAUACAUAGCAUUUGGCAGUUCCUCACAAAUAUUACAUGUACAGUUAUAAAUACCAAAGAGAAACAGACUUGCAGAGGCAAGCACAUGACAAAGACAACAUCACACAGACUGUUGUCAAAACAACAUAUUGCAAUGAACACAAUACACCAUCUGGUCGCUGAAAUGUAUCAGACAGUCAGAGAGGGAGACAGGGAGAGUAGCAGAGAGGUAAUUAU